CUCUGCCUUGCAUCAGUUUCAAGGGAAUAAAAGAGAGAACAGCACAUAAAACGUAGCUGGAGGUUUCGCUCUCGAGUCAGUGAAGGAACUCAACGACGGUACCUUCCCGCACACCACGGCAUCAUCAGCAGACAGCCACAGAUUGCUGCCCACCCUGUCCGUCAGAUCAUUUAGGUUGUGCCUAUACAGCGAUCUCAACAGUGGAACGUCAUUUCUAACGACACGAACGUAAGGACAACACAACACCCAGUCCCCGAGCGAAGAAAAUCUCCGACCCGGACGGGAAUCGCACACAGGCCUUUUCGCUUAGUAAUCAGCAGCGCCGACCGCUCAUCCACCGAGACGGACAAACGUUGACUGCCUCACUACCUUCACGAGCAAGUCAUCUGACUGCUACAACAGCAGAACACAGAUUGAUCGGCUUCAAGCGUACAGUGGGGGCUGGCCUGCAGUCUACAUCCGUGGCGGUCGGACGCGGCGGCGCUGAGUCGGCGGGGCGGACUCGCUCGGAAGGCGGCAGCGGCAGCGGCGGCACAACUGGGCAAAUGGCAGCGGGCGCCGACAGCAGCAGCAAGAGGACCGCCGGCGCGGCGCCGGAGGGCGGCUGGGGGUGGGCCGUCGCCGCCGGGCUCGCCGCCACGCUCAUCGUGGCCCUGGGCCCUCAGAUGUGCUUCGGCCUCAUCUUCGGCGACUUUCUGGAGAGCCUCGGCGAAGGCACCCGAGGCGUGACGCUCAUCACCAGUGUCAACAUGGCGCUGCAUUCGUUCACAGGACUGCUGGCGAACUACGCCCUCAAGACGUACUCCUGCCGGCAGGUGGCACUCACUGGCGCCGCACUCUUCUUCGUCGGCAACCUCCUCACUGUUUUCGCCAACAGCGUCUUCUACAUGAUCAUCACCUUUGCCAUACUGCCAGGAGUGGGCCUGGGGCUAAUGCUGCCCGCGUCGUACACGAGCUUCAACACGUACUUCAGUGAGCGGCGCGUGCCGGUGAUGGGCGCGACGCAGACGGUGCUGUCGGCCGGCGUGAUGGUGUACCCGCUGCUGGUGGAGCGGCUGGCGGCGUGGCGCGGCUUCCGCGCGGCCCAGGCGGCCGUGGCCGGCCUCUCGCUGCUCGCCGUGGCCGGCGCGCUCGCCUACCUGCCGCUCGCCAGCGCGCCCAGCUCCGCGCUGCCCGCCUGCUGCCGCCGGCGCAGGGCCAGCCUGGGCGACGCAGCCGCAGGCGACAACGACAGGGAGCUGCAGUCCCCUGUGUCGAACGGCAAAUUGUGCGGCGACCUGCUGUCCGAGGGAGGCAAAGUGUCCGACCAGCAGCUGGUGGCCAACGGGAAGCUGGUGGCGGAGCAGCUGUCCGGCAAGCACCAUCAGGCGCCGCGGCAGGAGGACCGCGAGAACAGCCGGCGGCUGCUGCUGGACCCAGGCCGGGGCGCCGACGGCGACAGCGACGGCGACGACGACGUCGACGCCCCAACGGACCGGGUGGCGGAGGACGCAGAGGCGGCAGCAGGGGACGCCGGAGCGCGCCUCCGCAGAACGGCCUCCCAGGUGUCCGUGGUGAGUGUCGGCGCCGUGGCCGUCAUGGUGCCCACCGCGGACGCCAGCGGCCACCCGAGGUCGCCGCGCCGCUUCUCCUGUAGGCGCCUGUGGCGAUCGGUGCACGACUUCCUGGACCUGGGCCUGCUGCGCGACCCGGUGUACACGAACCUCAACCUGGGCGUGUCGCUGGCGUUCUACUCGGACUUCACGUUCUCGACGCUGCUGCCGCUGUUCCUGGCGUCGGCGGCGGGGGAGGGCCAGGCGCUGGGCGCGCGCGGCGCCGCCGCCUGCCUCACGGUGGGCGCCGCCUGCGACGUGCUGGGCCGCGUCGCCUUCUCGCUGCAGGGCGCCUGCCCGCGCUACCGCCUCUCCAGCCGCGCCGUCUUCCUCAUCGGCUCCGCCUGCAUCGUCAUCGCCCGCACAGGGAUGAUCUACGUGAGCGGCUUCACGAUGCUGGCGGUGAUCACGGGCGUGCUGGGCUUCUUCCGCAGCUGGAUCCACAUCACCUUCUCGCUCGUCUUCGCCGAAUACUGCAGCAUAGAGCGCUUCCCCUCCGCCUACGGACUCUACAUGGCCGUCAGCGGCAUCAUAGGAAUGUCCACUGGCCCACUCAUCGGGCUCAUUCGUGAUGUUACGGAUAGUUACCCCAUAUGUAUCCACGCUCUGAAUGUCCAAAUGAUGCUCUGCGUAAUACCGUGGACGCUGGAACUGAUAAUAACUGCACUGAGGAAGAAGAAACCUGUCGCAGAAGAAGAGACGAAGAGCUGACUUGUUUUCCAAAUGCGAUAAGAAAUACAAACAUCUGCCUGCAUCCAAGACAGUGCACAGAAACAAAAACAGGUCUGCUGUUCCACAGACAAGACUUUAGCCUUGUGUCUGUAUUGCCACAAUGUAUGGCAUAUAAUUAGACUGAGGGUCUCUUUACGUUGAGGAUCCAUGUUUUAAAGUUUAUUUUCACAACAGAAUAGACUGAAAUAAGUAUUGUAGUCACUAAAGAAUCUGAUUUAUAGUAGCGAAGUGUGAAAGCGCCAUUUGAAAAUUUAUUUCAAGCAGCUACAAGACUGCCAUACUUAAUCUAUUUGUAGCUCCUAAAGAGAUUCAAUGGCGUACUCGUUCGAGUUCCGCACACGAAUUAUUUGCUGUGUUCAUAUAUUACCAUUUUUAGUACAAAGAACUCUAUCUUGUGCUUAAUAAACUAGAAUUUUUAUAACAGUGUGUCUAAGAAUAGGAUGCUCAACUUUCUGAGCCGCAAUUGUCAGUAGAGGAUUGUAGCAUUACUGAAAGAAAUAAAUGUGCCAUAAUAGCCCUUAUAGGGUACUAACCAUAUAAUAUAUUAGUUGUAGCUUGGAAGAACUUUUCGUAGUAUGACUAACUAGUACGUGAUAUGUUUCAGUGCAGUAGUUACCUUAACUGGCUACAAACAGACGAGUGAACAUAACACCUUUCACUAGCUUUCAUUAUGUGGCGUACUUCUGUUACUCAUACUGCUAAAGAUCAAGUGUCACUGAAGAAUAGAAUUCGAUGUACAUAAAUUUUUUUU